GCACAAAGGCCAUGGGACGCAGCAAAGAUGGCAGCAGCUGCUGUCAUGGAGGGAGCCCAGUCUAUCAUAGAUGAAUGUCAGACAGGAGAAUUGUCAUUCUGGGGAAAACUGGAGUUGGGAAAAGCAGCCUGGCUAACACCAUAUUUGGAGAGAAACCAUUCAAGAUUGAUGAUACUGCUAACUCUGGAACAACUGCAUGUCAAGUAGAAACCAGAUCUGUCAAUGAAAGAAGCAUCACUUUGGUCGACACUCCUGGUUUCUUCGACACAGAUAGACCAGAGGAGGAGCUGAAGCGUGAGAUAGUGAGGUGUAUCACAGAGUGCGCUCCUGGGCCUCAUGCUUUUCUCAUUGUACUUAAAGUGGAGAAAUUCACAGAGCAGGAGCAGGCUGUCAUCAACGAAAUACACCAAUACUUCUCUGAAGAAGUCUUCAAAUAUGCAACAGUUGUCUUCACUUAUGGUGAGCAGCUCAAGGGACGGAAAAUUGAGGAAUUUGUCCGUCAAAAUAAGUCAUUGAGUGAUCUAGUGAAUAAGUGUGGAGGCCGCUGCCACGUCAUUGACAAUGAAUACUGGAAAGACAACCCAAAGGAUGAAUACAGGAGCAACAAGUACCAGGUGGAGAAACUACUUAACACAAUAGAUGAGAUAACAAAAGCAAACAAUGGAGGCUGCUACACCAAUGAGAUGCUCCAAGUAGUACAGGAAAUAAUUGAAGAAAAGAAAAAGCACAUUAGAGAGUCAUCAGGAAACAUGUCAGAGGAAGAAAACACACGGCAGGCUAAAGACAGGGCAUUUAAGGAGAUCUGGAUCAGACUGGCAGGUGUUGCAACAGGUGCAGUGUUAGGAGCUAUAUUUGGUGUAGUAGUGAUGGGUGGAGUAGUUGUCUUAGCUUUAAAAAAAAUAUUGCCUGUGGCCAAAACUUUACAAGCAGCAAAAGAAGCAGCAGCAGCUGCUGGUGCAGGAGAAACAGCAGCAGGACCAGUAGCAGCAGCAACAAGGGCAGCAGUAGAAGGGGGACAAAGAGCAACUAGAAAAACAUUGAUCUCAAUUGCAGGGCUAUUUGCUGCAAUGGGAGCAGUAGUGGGAGGUUAUACGGGAUAUCAUGCAGCUGAGGGAGCAGACACGCCAUGGGAAGCAGUAAAGAUGACAACAGCUGCUGUCAAGAAGAGAGCCUGGUCUAUCGUAUCGACCAUAGAUGGAGUGGUAGCUUAUUUUAAUGUUUUCAGCAAACCACCAGAUUCAAAGUAAAAAGGGAGUUAAAACCUAUAAUGAGCUGUGACUCCUGAAGACAGGGAGGAGAAUUUAUCAAUAAAGUCGUGCCUGUGGAUAUUCUCAUUUAUCCAGGUCAUAGUUUUCUCAAGGCAAUUGAAUCGAA